AUUAGUAAGCGGAUGGUUAACAGUCUGUCAAACUAGGCGUUAAACAGAGGUUUCCCAUUCACGCCAAUCAGCGCUCUCCGCACGUACGCCAGGUGUAUAAAAGGAUUAAUAUACCUGCAAAGUGAGACACUGCCUCCGGUGAUACAAGAAUCCAAGAUGCGGAAAGGACAAAUCAACCUCCUCGCCUGCUUCUUAGCAGCGGUUGUCUUGCCGCCAUCGUUGGGAUUAAUUGAAGAAAUACAAACACCCCGUGACAUCUUAGAAUGCUUGGCAUACAAAUCUCAGAAUGCUUCCAUCGGGGAAGUGUCAGGACGAAGUAUACAAGAUUUCUGCAUCCGGAAAUUUACCCUGGAGACUCAAAGCGGAAAAGAGAACUUUGCUCAAAACAUCAGCACAGAAGGAGUCCAAUACCUGAAAUCUCUGUUCCGACAAUUGGAAUCCGAAGUACAUGACCAAAAGCGCGGGAAAAGACAGGCUGGAACUUGGAGAGUACGAAGAGAAAUCCGAACUCUCUCCGACGCUGAAAGAAACAACGUCUUCCAGUGCUUCCGAAGACUCAAGAACGAUUACUCUGUUGACCGAAGAAUGAGCACUUACGACAUGAUUGCGUCCCUACACUCCGGACAGGCCGCAAGAAUGAUGCACAACGGACCCGGCUUCCUGCCACGUCAUAUGAUUUACGUACUUGUAAUGGAGACAGCUUGCCGUAUCCCCAUGCCUUACUGGGAUAUGACCACUGACAGUGAAAUGAUGGAUCCAACUCAGUCUGUUGUUUGGUCUGAUCUCUUUUUUGGUCCAGGAAACGGCCCAGUUCUGUCAGGACCUUUUGGUCGAUUCAGGACACCCACUGGAACUCCAAUCAUCAGAAACAUAGGAUCAGGUGGAGCAUCUUUGGCUAGAAAAGCUGGUAUUAGAGCCUUGUUGUCCAGAAGAAGAACAUUCCAAAUUACUGAACCCCAGCCCGCUCAGAGUAUCUUUUCUAUUGAAAAUCACCACAACGGUGUCCACAACUGGAUCGACGGUUACAUGUCCGGCCUGAACACUGCUUCCUGGGACCCAGUCUUCUGGUUCAUACAUUCGUUUUUCCAGCUUCUGUGGGUUGCUUUCAGAAAUGGACAAAGAGCCAGCGGUAUUAAUCCUGAAAGAGACUACCCAAGAGGCGUCAGAGUUCCGUCUGGUCAUGAGUUCUACCAGAGAAUGAAUUUCAUGCCUUUCAUGCGACGAAUGACAAAUUUGGAAGGAUUCUCUAGCAGAUAUGACCGUAUUGUUCAGUAUGCUCCCAUGCCACGAUGCUCAGACGCCUGCGGUGGUGGUCGUUAUUUUGUUUGUUUACGGGGAGUAUGCGUCUCAAGAUCUAGACGAAGGCAACCAUUUAUGUUUAGGGGAAAACGAAGCAUAAACGCUCAUGAGGAUCAGUUGGCAGAUGAAAAUGUCAACCCAAACACAACCAACUUAAUUCAAUCUAAUGAAGCCGCCUUGUCAACACUUAACAAACCAUACCAAAACACAUUCAUGAUCAACGGAAAGGUAGAUGAAGACGCUUGGGCAUACAUUCCAAUCAGGGUCUUGUAUGAAAGACCAAGGGGUUUCAACUUCCACACUUCAUCACCAAGAGCAACAAAAAGAGAUAUGUAUGACCCAGAGAACUUUAAGAAGGAGGCAAAGAGAAUAGGACUUCAGAAUCAGGUCCAGUAUAAACAGCAGUGUUCUCCAUCUGGGUCAGGAGCAGGAAAAGUAUUUGUGCAGUCCAGUGGACUCAAUUAUGCAGGUACAUACAAAGAUUAUGCAAUUGUUGAUGAAAGGCAACCGGUGACGUCAGCAAUGACUUAUAUUGGAUUCAAAAAGCCUUUUGACUCCGACUCUGAACUUAUCUUAACAGCUUAUGACACUUGCGGGCGCAUUUGUCGGCCUGCGUGUCCCGUAUACAAUCAUAAUCGUGAAACCUACAAAGCUUGCUCUGGGAGUUUCCGGAUUUCUUCAAGGUCACCACUUAUGUUUAGCUCAACCUAUGGAAGCGCAGUGUCAAAUACAUGGAAUGUUAGGGAAGGAAUGGAACCAGGUUGUCAGAGCAAAUCCUUGCCUAUUACAUUUGUAUGUGACCAUCAAAACUCCUGGCCUUGGGAAACAAAACUGUGAUAAGACUAAGGGUAAUAUAGAUCUUCAAAUGAAUCCUUUAAGUGGACCUCAGAGAACAAAAUUUUAAUAAAUAUUGUUUAUUUUAUAUAUAUAUAUAUAUUUUUUUUUAGAAAAAAAUGUUACUAUUUUAAUAAGUUAUUGAUUGUCUUUUUAAAAAAUGAAUUAUUGUGAUCUCAUGGUAGAAAAUUAAUUUCAAAAUAUUCAAUUGCACUCAAACGUACGCAGAACACUUUUUUAAAUUCACAUGUACUUAUAUCAAAGGUUGAUGAAAAAACAAUACCUUAAAGAUUAAAAAAACACAAACACUCGCAUCGAGUAUUGAUCUUCCCUCCAUUCGUGUAUUUGAUUGUGCAAGUCUUUCAAUUGUAUAAUUUAUUUGUUUGUGUGAAUGCAGGAACUGAAUGUACUGAGGCAGUGUAUUUGUUUGUUAUGUAAAAGUUAAUGAAAAUAAAAAAGAAGAAAACCCGAAAA